AUGAAGGAGGAGAAGCAGAUGACAGAAAAACAGUCAGCAAAUGAUUUAGCAAUGAUUGCAGCAAAGAUAUGGAUGAAAGCCAAGGCAGUAGAGAGGUGGCUUGUUGAUAGAGCGGUUUUGCCUAUAGAAAAUUCGUUGGGAGGCAGUAUACACAGAAACUACGAUCUUCUACUCCGACAUAGGUUGCAUAUUGUUGGAGAAGUUAAAAUUGCAGUCCGUCACUGCUUACUAGCUAAUCCCGGGAUCAAGAUUGAAAAUCUAACAAGGGUUCUAAGCCAUCCGCAGGCUCUUGCACAAUGCGAGGACACCUUAACUAAGCUUGGCCUGGUUAGGGAAGCUGUGGAUGAUACUGCUGGUGCAGCAAAGCAUGUUGCUUUCCAUGAACUAAAAGAUGCCGGGGCAGUUGCUAGCUUAACUGCUGCUAAGAUCUAUGGUCUUGAUGUACUUGCUCAGGACAUUCAGGAUGAUACUGAUAAUGUGACUCGAUUCCUUAUGCUGGCUAGGGAGCCUAUCAUACCAGGCACCGAUAAACCUUUCAAGCCUAAUUGA